AUGAUUAGGCAAUUUAUUUCCAGGCACGAUGAUGUUCUUCAAGUAUUCGCUAAAGAGAUGCGAAGGAGUAGAAACCAGGGCUUGGAUGGCUCGCGCGGCGGGGUGGCCCUCCCCACUCCGCCUCGGUCCGGCCAAUCAGGGCGAGGGGGCGUGGCCCGAGAGGUCACGCCCACUUCGGGGCGGCCCGGCCGUGACCGGGGGUUGCGGCAGAAGCGCGAGAUGAGCGGUGAGGUAAAGUCGACGGUGCGGGUGGCUGCCCCCAGCCUUCACGAGGCACCGCCCCCGAAGCGGCCCGGCAGGUCCCCGUUCGCUAUCCAGGAGCUCCUCGGGCUGGCGGAGCCCCCUCAGCAGGAGUACCCCAGGCACCCCAGCCUCCACACCCAGGCCAUGCUCUCCGCCUCCAGGAUGGCCUACUUCAACGCACAGGCCGCCGUUGCCGCCGCCUUCCUUCCGCAGCCGCAGCCGCCUCUCCACCCUCCGCCGCCUUCAGGUAUGUCCUAUCUUACUCUUGGGUAG